AUGCCGCCGUCACGACCUACCGCACGUUGCUGCCGAGCAGUCCAGCAACAGAUUCGGACGCCUUUGGACAACAUUUGGAUCACGGACGGCGUGUUGGCGAGCGCAUUCGAGCGCUACUGCCAUGUAUCACGGCUCACGCGGCGUAAGUCGAGCUCUGUGCCCGGCCCACUGGAGAACAGGAGGCGGCUGGGCAAGAGGAAGAUGACGGAUUUGCACAUGAAUACCCAACCGACAUUGCCCCCCUGGGCCAUUGACUUCCCGGUCGAUCUGAGCCAGUGGACAUGGCAGCCACCAACAAAACGGUCAUCGGAUGAGACAAGGGAUCUGCGGAGCCAGCGAAGCCAGCGAAGCCAAUCUGUUGCGUCGUGGGGCUUGAGAUGGUGGACGAACAGUACCGUGCCAAAACAGGUGGAAACCGAUCGAGCUGGAAUCGAGAACCCAUCUAAGAUCAGCUUCCACGAUCAGCUCGCCAAAGCCCGAGCUGCCGUUGCGGCUUCCACCUCGAACGCGAUCGGCCCGGCAUACUACAACUUUAUCGGGGGCCUGCAGAACGAUCUAAACAUGGGUCUCCUGGAUCCCGCGGACGUGGACAUGGCUGUUUCAACCUUCCCGCCGUCUUUAAUCGACACGGGUGUUGCUGGCGAAGUGAUCGACGCAGCUAUCGAGAUGUUUCUUUCGGCCGUUGUCAACGGAAUCGCAUCCUCCGAGGUUUUGGGCCCGUCGGGGUUCGAUGCGAGCCUCUGGAACCUUGUGCUGAAUCGGAUCUCUCAGCUGCCGGCCAGUGACGCGACGACUCUUCUGUUUCAGACUACUCUCGAUACAAUGCCUCCCCAGUACGUCAACGAUGCCCACGAGGGCAUCAUUGCGGCAGUGCAGAGGCUAGCUGCGUCUCACUCAACGGAGCGAGGGCGGGCCGCGGACAUUGGCGCAGCGCUCCGCCGCCUGUCGCCUAUCGGCCACGGCGUGCUGCUCGAGGAGAUUGAGAGUGCCGUAUACCAAGGUUUGGCGGUCUUUGAGGAGGAAACCCGCCAAAAGCUUCGCUUUCUUUGGUUGCAGACCUUAGCACACAUGCCGUUGGUUGAUACCGACUACCUUUUAGACGCAUGCGUCAGGUCCGCCUACUUUGACCGGGAAGUGUCAAGCCUCAUCGGCCGAGAUCUCAGCCGACUUCUCAUUCAACAAUGGGCUAGUCGCGGAUACCUGCACGGCCUCACAUCUAUCGAGGCGGCGUGGGAUCACGAUUCUUCCAACCAUGCUGAAUGGAGUCUUGCUUUGCUCAGCAUCCACAUUUGCGAUUUGGUGCCCGCGGGGAAUAGGGACAAGAACCAUGUGGGGCUCUUGAUGAGCUUAUUCAAGUCGUUGAGACGGCUCGGUCGCGAGGAUGAGCUCAUGGCUUCGGUACGAAGCUACUACGAGGCCAUGGAAACGCUACCGAUUCUGCCUUUCAAGCACCUGGCCAUGGCUAGUUGCGACCACGGCACGGCGCUCGAGAUAUUCUUCCUUCUCGAUAGCAACACGGCCAAGUUGGACGCAUGCCUCGGGUCAAUCUGGGAUUGGACAGCUUGGACGCACUACGUCCAAGCCAUGAUUGAAGACGAGUCUAUCAUGCCUCGCGAUGUCUGGAUGGUGAUCGAUGGCAGCGUGGGGAGGAGUUUCAAGGGACCGAUGGGGCCAUCGCUGCUGACGAGGAGGACGAAGUUGAUGGAGGACAUGGCAGUUUGGUUCUCGCAGGCGCGUCACUUGACAGACGCCAUGGCCCACCGGAAUGUGUGCCUAUGCGUCGGCUGGCUCUGCGGGAACGGGAUCGCGCUUUCGAACAAGGUUCUCGUGGCAAUCAUGUCUGUGGUCACUCGGGAGUUGAAGAGGGGCGAGUUCGGACGGACCCGUCGUCUAGCCUGGUUCUUGAACCUUAUAGAGCGAUACCAGGGACCCGAAGAGCGACGGGUCGUCACCCAAGUGCUGCAGCGGUGGAGAACGGCCAACAAUGAGCUGUACCUGAAGGCGCAGCAGCAAGCCAACCAGCGGGCUCUAGAGUGA